ACACCGACUUGUACUUAUCGCGGCUUUGCUUCUUUCUCUUCACUUCUGUCUCAACAAUUUUCGCCUUUCGCUCAGCCCUCACCGAGGGAAAGAUUGUUUAUGUUUGACAUUCCUACUCCAACCUUUUUCUCUAUUAAAUCCGGCCUCACUCUUGAGAUGCGCAAAGCCACGAUAGCAUAUGGUAAAUCUCUUCUUUUUCAGUCUUCUGCAUUACCCUUAUCCAAAUCGUUGGUAUUCGUGCGUCAUCAUUCAUCUACCAAAUUAUUUCUCACAGAUCGGAAAGGAAGCAGUGAAGCAAUAGUAAAGGGACAGGCGAAGAUUCCAUUUCCAGUGUUGGGUUAUAGCGCAAUGGGCAAUCCCUCCGUUGACCGAAAGCCAAUCACACACGUCGUUUUUGACAUGGACGGUCUCUUGCUUGACACAGAGAAGUUCUAUACUGAAGUUCAGGAAAUUAUACUUGCUAGAUAUAAUAAAACCUUUGAUUGGUCCCUCAAGGCAAAAAUGAUGGGAAUGAAAGCAAUAGAAGCUGCUAAGGUAUUUGUUGUAGAAACUGGAAUCAGUGAUUCUCUUACUCCCGAGCAAUUUCUUGUAGAAAGAGAAGAGAUGCUGCAGAGUUUGUUUCCAACAAGUGAGCUUAUGCCAGGUGUUAGUCGUUUACUCGAGCAUUUGCAUGCAAAAGGAGUUCCGAUUGCCUUGGCAACUGGUUCUCACAAGCGACAUUUUGAAUUGAAAACGCAAAGACAUGGUGAAAUGUUUUCUCUGAUGCAUCAUGUUGUUCUUGGUGAUGACCCUGAAGUUAAAAAAGGCAAACCAUCACCGGAUGUAUUUCUUGCCGCAGCCAAGAGAUUUGAGGGUGGACCAGUAGAUCCAUGUAACAUACUUGUUUUUGAAGAUGCACCCUCUGGAGUUCUUGCAGCUAAGAAUGCCGCGAUGUCGGUUGUUAUGGUUCCAGAUCCAAGGCUGGACAAAUCUUAUCAUGAUACAGCCGACCAAGUUUUGAACUCAUUGUUGGAUUUCAACCCUAGUGAAUGGGGUUUACCUCCAUUUGAAGAUAAUGGAAGUUAAAUGCGAGUUUCCAAAUGCAGGUUUGGAUAUGUCUUUCCUUGAGGUUUCUCGUGUCCCCAUGUGUUGUGGCCAUGAUUUUCUAUAGCUACAAAUUCUAGCCUUUGAGUAAUUGCACGGUAGUUUCCUUCUUGCCGUGCUUCCAAACAACCAAUAAAACCCUCAUGUUCUACAUUACUGUUUAUUUUAUUGGGGGUAGAAAAAGCGAGUAAUUAUUCCAUUUCCUUACAUUAUUUUCUUGUGCUUGAUAAUAAUAAUAGUACUACAAUCAAUAUGGGCUUGAGAUCUUAGAGAGGGGAUAUAUUGUUAACACAUAUUAUCUAAUUGCAGGAAACAUAAUUUGUUGUAUCUCGUAUUCUUAGACACAUCUUUGAUACGACGCCAUGUUUAUUAUUUCUUACUGCACAAAAUGUUACAUUGUAUGACUCGACCGGUUGGUUGAGCUUUGAAAACCUUGUUGGUUCACUGUGGUUUAGUAUUUGACCAAAAACUGAGAUUUAUAAUUUGUUUAUUAUUGUAGAAUCUGUGAGUUUUUGGAGGAUAACAAAAAUAUUGUGUCA